GAGGUGAGAAGACAAGGUGGAGAAACACUCGAAUUCUCCAUGUCUGAAAAUCCAUUGCAGCUUCUUUUCAAAACAUACGAGAAAGUAUCAAAUUGUAUACAAACCCAACUUGCUCAAUUCAUAGGUCUCCCAAAUGUUCCUUCAUUUCAUAAUAAUAAUAAUGAUCACCAUUCAUUUUCUUUGCUCUCUUCAUCUUCAUCUUCUUCCAAGAAUCAACCUGCUACUUCUAUGCUGAUUCAACAUUCUGAAUUGCCCAAACAGGAGAAAAGUGGUGGCCCAGUGACUAAAGAAGAGCUUGGAAGAGCUACUUGGACUUUUCUUCACACCCUUGGAGCUCAGUAUCCAGACAAGCCAACCAGACAACAAAGGAAGGAUGUGAAAGAACUGAUGGCAAUAUUAUCUCGCAUGUACCCUUGUAACGAAUGUGCAGAUCACUUCAAAGAAGUUCUAAGAUCAAAUCCUGUACAAGCUGGAUCUCAAGCUGAAUUUUCACAAUGGUUAUGUCACGUGCACAAUAUUGUCAAUAGAAGCUUGGGCAAGCCCAAAUUUCCAUGUGAUCGGGUCGAUGCUCGGUGGGGCAAGCUUGACUGUGAGCAGCGCGCAUGUGAUUUGCAAGGGGCUGAUAAGUUUUGGUUUUGACACAUAUUGCUCUUAUAUUAGGAACAUGACAUACAAGAAAAGGUAAUCCCAGAUUUUCUUGUAGCAUUCAAAUCACCAAUCCAAGGAAACAAGAUACAGAUUUUUGAUAGGAUUACACCUUUGAUAGCAUUCAAGUAGUAUUAGGUGAAGCCUCUGUUCCCAGAGAAACGUAAAUUUAUUUUACAAUGCAAAGUGGCACAUGUAUCUAUAUUCUUGAGUGCUGGUUAUAAACCCUUGAAAGCCUGAGAGACUCAAUUUGUGUGAAUAUAACUCCCAAGAGAUUCUUUUUCCAUGGGUAAA